CCAGUCCUCUUCAUCUAUUCCUGGUUCCUUCCUUCCUGUAACAACGCGCCACCUCAUAAUCAUCCCCUUGCCACCCAAUACCAAGAAAAUAAUCCCAGCCGCAAUCCCCAGAGACCAGGCGUCGAUCGGGCACGCAGGGGCUUUUUUUGGAAACUGGGAAGUCGCAACUCGUACCGUCCCUCAUUCGGGACAGAAUUACGUUGAUAAAACGUGCAACAGGCCUUGAGUCUCUUCAGAACAUGGGAUUAGCACACGGGGAGUCAUCAGCCGAGGGAGAGGCAGAAGGUGCUGCGUUUGAAGCCGGACCAUCACAUCCACCGUCAACGCCUCCUCGCUCGACAGCGUCGAUCCUAAUGACGGACGGUUUCCUGGGCGAAGUGGCCAGAUGGAAGGAUGCUGAUGGAUCUAGCCGCAGAGUAUCGACUGCCAAACGGACAAGUCGGAUGAUCGGCAGUAAAGUUGGCAUAUCUCCUCCACCUCCUCCGGGACCUCCGCCUUCCAACCCCCCUCCACUGCCACCUCCAUCUUUUCAUCCUUUCGCGUCGGUAACAUCUACUUCACGCAGAUUAUCUCAGCGACCUAUUCCUUCCGCCCGAUCGUCGACUAUUAGCGCGUUGCACAAGUCGCCGAUGUCAAACAGACCCAGUCCAUCUGCCGGUCCUCCUUUUGAUGAGAAUCUGCCACCAUUUCCUGGUCAGCCAAGGAACACAAGCGGAGGUUUAAAUGCCAAUGGACGCUCAGAGUCGCCUACACCAGGGUAUCCGGCUGAAUCACUCGGAUCGCCUUUGCGCGCAGCCAAUCCUCAACAACCUACUCAAAUCGGAGAUUCUUCCAGCACGACAACUGCUCGUAUCUCACGUACUACCAAACCGCGCACCCCCUCUCGGCAUCUCCUACAAAAUGCCCUUGAUCUCGCACAAAAAGCCGUUGAAAUGGACCGGGAUAACGACGUCAUCGGCGCGUUGGCGGCUUAUCGUGAGGCCGUUUCCAAGCUAAGGAGUGUAAUGGAGCGGGUCGGCUUAGAAACAGGAGGUGUAGGAAGUGAGAAGAAAAAGGGCAAGAGCGAAGAAGAAGGGCGGACUUUGAAGGGAAUUCAUGACGCGUAUGUGGCGAGGAUACAGUUGCUCUCUUCAUAUGAAGUGUCAGAAGUUAGGCCGGAGCCAACAGGGGCAGGACCGUCACUUAUCGAGGGCAGGCGCCAAUCAUUUUCGCAGGCAUCUUCAAGACAAUCAUUGGACGAAGGUGCUACAACCGGUAUUGGAAACCUCGUGCUUAGCGACAAUCCUCGAUUAAGUGCAAACAGCCCACCGCGCCUUUCCCCUUCGCUUUCAACCCGUGAUAAAAUCACGACUUCACAUGGGGGAGAUUUGGGCAAAAGUCCCAGGCUGCCCAGCAUCAACGGUUCAGCCAGUGGCGAAAUGUCAUUACAACAAGCAUUGGACCAAGUCGCGGAUGCUUCGGCUUCAGCUACCGGAUCUAUGGUCACCUUUCCAUCCUCAUCUCGCGACCCAAAUCUUCCACAUUCUGCAGGUCACCGCACAAUCGGCCUCGGCCACCCAUCUACUUCUCCCUCCAACUUUAUGUCCUCCUCUCCGCAUGCCCAUGUGCGUAACGCCAGCAUGGUCUCCAUUGAGACAACCUCGUCCUCGAUGUCCCCGACUUCGCGUCGCUUUAAAAGAAGGAACAAACCUUCUUUAGGUUUAGAUAUGGAGGCCGAUUUGACUGGUAUUGAUGGAGUAGUGGCAGAUAUGGAGCUUUUGACCACGACACCCACAGAGAGUCAUUUGAUGCUUUCUCCAGGCUCUCAAAACCAAGUUCAAGUAGGCAAAACGCCGAGCCCCCAAUUGAGCACUCACAGUGAAGAACGGCCGUUACCACCGGUUCCUCAAGGUGGAGAACAUAAUACCCAGCAGACUCGGCGAAUUCGAGCGGGUAGUGAUGCAAGUAUCAACAGUACUGGGAGUGCGAUGAGGUCUCCUACAGGAGGUUACCUUGUCAGCCCAAGUACAAAUAAAGGGAUGAUUUCGAAAAGAAGACGUUCAAGGCAUGGAUCAACGGGGAUCGAUGAAAUGAUGAUGGAACAGCAAGAAGGGGAGCAUAAUGCGCAAAGGUCCAGGACGACAUCUCAAUCAGGGACUCGAUCUGGUGAUACCGAUCUACCGCCGGUACCGAGUAGCAGCAAGCAUCAACCUAGCGUCUCCAUCUCCUCUCAAUUUAACGUGAACAGCGGUGGCGGCUCACCACCGUUGAUUCAACGGCCCAACCCAUUGUUACAACAGUUGUCUAGUUUGGAGCGUGGAAAAGGUUUGCGUAUCAAUACAUCACCUUCGAAUGGAUUGACGCCCCCCACAACAACUAUAACGACUCGACAAAGUUCCUAUUCCAGUCAUAGCCCUUCAGUUGGAAACACGUUGCCAUCCAACGCCGACAAUUCCCCCAGAUCGUACUCCUCUUUCUCACCUUUAUCCUCUCUGCCUGGACUUCAGCCUACCGAGGAAUCACUUAGACCGUUCCAUGUGCUUAAGAUCUUGAGGCAAUCAAUGGACGUAGAUGGCCCGGGUGCGCACCUCACGCCGGCCAUCCAUAUCGCUCCCGCCAUCUGGAACCCUGCUACAUGGACCAAACUCUCCGCCGCCGCUGCUCAAGCAGAUAAAACCAAUGUGCCCAAGAUUGUGGCACAAGACGUCAAGACACGCUGUAUGCACACACUUGCGCUUUGUUUGGAGUCUGUUAAGAGUGCUGGGUAUGAACUUCUUGCUGGACCGCGAGAACAGCGACGAAGUUCUGAAGGUGCUGGGGCAGAGGAACAGAAGUGGAAGAGGCUGGCAGAAGAGUUUGUCAGGGCAUUGGAUGAUUUGGAAGAAGAAAUGGAUAGUGCGAGCAAGCUGUUGAGCAAAGGUGGUGUGGGAGUGAGCAGUUGGAAGGGUAAUAAAACUGUUUCGUCGUCAAAGUCUUGGGGUUCAAGAAUAUCCAGAGGAAUGGACAAGAUUUCGAAUAACAAAACUCUGGAUACACCGGACAGAUAUGUUGAUAAUCUUGCCUAUUUCUGUAUGACUUCUCAAAUACUAGCCGACCACUUAGCAAAUCUUAUUGGCCCAUGCACUCCCGCCUAUGCUUCUAUGUCCGAAAAAGCGUAUCACGAUAUAGAAACUAGAGUCAGGCGGUCGGCAGAAUUUGUAAGGGUGGUGGUUGUACCAUUUGUCUUAGAAGAUUUCAAACAAUUCUUGCUGAGAUACUUGAAGGGAGGAGUACGGUACUUGGAAGAUUAAUCACGAUUCUAGUUCGGGUUGUGUUGCGUUGGGUUGAUGCGUUGUACACUUUAUGACCGGGAUUUUAGCUCGUUUGUGGGAUCGCAUUUUGGAGCUUAGCCGCCUUUUUGUGCUGCAGAUGGGCAUUUGCGGGAAGUGCAGCAUUUGUACAAUCUUUAGCAUAGUGCAUAAAUGUGAAUAAAGGGUAAAGAACGAAGUCAGGAGGAAGUCAUAAACAGAAUUGAAGGAAGGUAGCGCAGGAAUAUCCAAAAGUGUAUGAUGAUGAUAGAAUCAUCAUAAUAGUCAUUCGUCUUUUUCCUUGAAUUUUUUAGGGGCUUUAUGGACGCUUUGGUGUCAGUGGCGUGAGGAUUUUUGAGCAG